AUCCCCACAACCCCAAUCCCUCUCUCUCUCUCUCUCUCUCUCUGAGGCAUUCUUACGCAGAUAUGCAACAGGCAAUUCCUUACCAGUCGUCAUGGCGACCUCUUCUUCCCCAUCAUUCCCAUUUCAGCCAUAGUCUGAACAAUAACACAGCAUCCUCUGUUUCUUUGCCUUCCAGAGGAAGUUCUGAGGGAAUGGUGAAGAACAUGGUGUCAGAGAACGCAGUGAUAGUGUUCGCGAGGCGUGGAUGCUGUAUGGGCCAUGUCGUGAAGCGAUUGCUUCUUGGGCUGGGUGUGAAUCCGGCGGUGUAUGAGAUAGAUGAGGAAGAUGAAGUAGGUGUUGUUACAGAGUUGGAAGCGAUUGGUGAUCGGAAACAGGGGAAGCUACAGUUUCCGGCGGUGUUUAUCGGCGGCAAGUUGUUCGGAGGGUUGGAUCGCCUCAUGGCCACUCAUAUCUCCGGUGAAUUGAUUCCGAUCUUGAAGGAUGCAGGCGCUCUGUGGCUCUGACUCCGCGUUUUCUCUAGAGAUUUAAAAAAAAAAAAAAAAGCAGAGAGAGAAAGAGAGUUAACUUUACUAAUUUUCAUGACUUUCCUAAUAAUUUUAAGUCAGUUGUUUGAAUUUAGAAAUUUGUAAUUAAUUAGUGGAGUGCUUAUAAAUUUAAACGCUCUAAUUUCGUUACCAUUUGUUAAUUGUUAAUUAAAUUUGAUUAAUGUAAUCAAUCAUGUCUCUUCUUAAUA